AUGUCUCACUACACUCAGCCCAAACAGAUCCUCAAGAAGGAAAUGUCACCCGAGGAAUACAGUCUUCUGGAGGAAUGGGGUCCUCAGACCAUCCAAGGCUGUCGUUAUUCUGAAGGCUCUUCUACAGCAUUGGCCCAGCUUGAAACAAUGCCCAAUACAGUGCACGAGCCAUUUCACAGACGUCUGAAGAACCGAUCCUCCUCACUCUUCGAGGAAUGGAAGGUUCAAGCUACACGCCGUGAGAUGGCAAACGAGGUCAUUCGUCUCAAAGAGGACAAGAAGCAUCAGGCUGUUGAGAAUGCCUUCCUCGCGCCUGAUGCUGCGGUUGCCCUGGGUGAUAAUUUUGGCGGAAGAAACGAGAAGCAGGAUGGAGCUGUGGCUGCAGUUCAGCUUUCUGCUAAUCGAUUUCCUAAUGUCCAAAGUAGCCCGAACAACGCGACUAGAAUCAUCUCUGACGCGUUAGGACCUUUAGCCACCAGACUCCUCGGCAACCAUCCCGUCAUCGUGCCCAACAAUAGAAAAGGACCCUCUUCCCUUGAUGAGGUGAAAAAGAUCGCUGUAUCCCAGACUACCUAUCGUUCUGGGGCUCGAUCUUCGAACCGACCGCGCAACAACAGUGAACCGACAAACCCCAAUCUCCCAAUGAUCUCUGGUGCCAGAACUACUCCAAAGAUUGUCAGUGAGCCGAAGAAAUCCGUUGGUAACCAGUCUGCUCCUCGUACUGAAGUUGGAGGUUACACUGCUCCAAACGGCACCCAUCUGAGAAAAAACGAACUGCACAACUUAUCCCGCGGUGUGAAAAUCCUCAACAAAGACACGGCUUAUUUCCUUCCAAGUUUUGUGGAAGAUCCGUGGAAGGAUGUGAAGCCUAUUAUGACUGAAUGUGACGCAGCGUUACUUCCGGGUCUCGGCAGUUUCGACUCGACUGUAUGA